AUUUGAUUCAGGUGUACUUCCCUGUAAAGGGUGGGGAAGCUUCAGUUUGGAUUGUUACACAAUUCUUCCAGAACAGACGACAAAAACACUGAAGGUGAACAAUUUGAUGGUUCUGUAGUAAGACCAGGGAGGAAUGUGUAAGUACAAAUUUAGCCCAUGUGGUUGGGACUGCGAUGGCCUAGUGGUAUGAUCGCCAGGAUGAUUAAUCCAAAGACCCAGGUAACAUACAGUUCCCCUCCUCUGCCUGAGUCUCUGUGUGGAGAACGAGCCAGCACCUUUAGAGCAGUGUGACGGUGACCCAGUGUUGAGGAUGUCUGACCAGGAUUUGGGAACUCAGCUUGAAGCUCAGUUCAAUGAUGUGGUGAGACGGUUACAGAGCAAGCAGCUUUUUCAGUCCAACUGGGAUAUCGCCACCUUUGCCAUUUUCUUUAUUUUCAUUGGUGCAGUGCUGACUCUGAUCCUCUUGGUCCUAAUUCGCUGUUGCUGGGGUUUCUGCUGUUCUUCAUCACCAAGAAAGAAGCCUGGGAAGCAGAAGAUCGGUGUUGACAAUUUGGCAUUGGAACCUUAACAGUGGGACUUGAACCGGGGUCUCCUAGCUUGGAGGCAGGGUCACGACUGGAGAUAUUCAACCGGAAACCACAGCAAUAAGCAACAUUGUUCACUGUGUAAAGGAGUUUGUUUUGAAGCCCCACCAACACUCCAUUAAAGUUAUUUUAAUAGGCUCCUCUCUGAAUCUAAUCCAAAUAUGAAAUCUAUCGUUUUUAGUAUCCUUACAUUGAUUUCAUAAUAUUGGCUUAACUGCACUCUUCUUUUGCAAUUUCAUACUUAUUGGCAACUAUCCAUUGCAGAUUUAGUCACAAAAAUGCAAUAUCAUGCACUUUAACCUGUUUCAUGAUUUUUUAAAAAAAAUUAAAUGUUUGGUUGUGGAGACUGAAGUUUUUGUAAUUUAAAAUCUCUUGUUUCAUGUCACACUGAUUAUAUUUUGACCUGUCUAACAGCAUUGAAAUUACUGCUAGCUUAUAGCAAUCCAAAUGAUAUGGAGCUAGACUUGUGGCAUUGUAUGGUUAAUAAAGCCCACAUAAAGUUGGGCCAAAACUUUUGGGUUCUGGUACUGCAGCCCAUGUACCAUUCAUUGGGCCCAGGAAAUCAGUGUAGGUCACUAAACCACAAAAGUGAACACUCCAGCCUUUUAAAUAACUUACAUAAUUUCUGUGUGUAAGCAAUCGGAGGCGUAAUUUGGUGCCUUAGAUUAUCAGUUGAUCUUGUCACAGUUUAUUUUGUGUAAGUUAAUUCAUUCUAACGAUUUUGUUGUGCAAGCAGAAACCAAACUUUGGUGUACAAUAACUUAACAGGUUGCUUUCAGCUUAGUCAAGCACCAGCUCGGUGCCAUGCACUGCUUGAUUUUUUUUUGAUCAGUUGAUAGCUGAGAUUUUGUGCAAUACAGCUGCCUAUCCCUUUUGGGUAACAAAAUAAACCUGUCAUAUCUUCCCUUUCUCUGGAAACUCUGCUCACAAACUCGAGACAAGUGUUUUGGGUGAGGGUGGGGAGGGGGUGUUAAUUAAGAGAACAUGGCUGUUUGGAGCCCAGGCACCAAAAAGGCAACUUGCUCCUAAACCUUCCUGGGAUUUGACCAAUCAAGUCUGGCUAAUGCAAAACAAUCUGGAAGAUUAGCCUUUUUAAACAAGGCAGCAACUUGUUAUACAAUUAAGAUUUGAUCCUUUAGAACAGGCCAAGUGAAACCAAUCUGAAGCCCAUCAAACCUACACUAUUCCAUUAUCAUCAAUAUAUUUAUUCAAUGACCAUUUAAAUGCCCUUAAACUUGGUGAGUCCACUACUGUUGCAGGCAGGGCAUUCCAUACCCCUAUUCAGUAAAAGUCCCACCUCUGACAUCUGUCCUAUAUCUAUCCCCCUUAUGUACCCUCUGCUAACCAUUGCUAUCCACUCUCACUGCCCACCCUAUCCUAACCUUCUGAUUAUCUUAUGUUUCAAUUAAGUCACCUACAACCUUCUAACAAGACUUAAGUUUUGUUUUAUUUGGGGGAGGGGAGCAUGUGUGCAGCAUGUUGGUGUUCCGGUUUAUCAGCUGUAUUGAUCUUUGAACAUUAUUUGUUAAUUACUUUUCAUUCUAGAACACUAAAAUAAACUGAUAUACCACAUA